GCUUUAAAAAACUCUUUACCGGUGAUUUGUUGAUGUUUCGGGGGUAAUUGUUGUUAAUUGUUAUUUAGUGAAUAAUGAGGUACACCAGGAGAAUUUUGAAAUCGUCAAUUGACGGACAUUUCCAGAGGAUUUUUGUCAGAUGUUAUGCCUCCAGUGGUCUGGGAUUGUGGGAUGAAAUUCUCACGAAUGAGAUCCGUCGCUCGAUAGAGAGGUAUUGGAAAUCCAAGAUAAGUCCCCAGGUGCCAGCGAAGACCGAUGGAAAAAAUCACUACGUGUUAUCAAUGUUUCCAUACCCAUCAGGGGCAUUACACAUGGGUCACGUGAGAGUCUACUCCAUCAGCGAUUCAGUUUCUCGUUUUCACAAAAUGAGAGGUAAAAAUGUGUUGCACCCAAUGGGAUGGGAUGCCUUUGGUCUUCCAGCGGAGAAUGCCGCCCUCGAGCGAAAGGUAUCACCAGUCACUUGGACAAUCUCCAACAUAAAUAAAAUGAAAUCCCAAUUAACACAAAUGGGGUGCGACUUUCACUGGGAUCGAGAGAUCAAGACAUGCGAUCCUGAUUAUUACAAAUGGACGCAAGUGUUGUUUCUCAAGCUGUACAAAAAAUCCCUGGCUUAUCAGAAAGAGUCAUUCGUAAAUUGGGAUCCCGUGGAUAAAACGGUUCUUGCUGACGAGCAAGUCGACCAGAAUGGCAUCUCCUGGAGAUCCGGUGCUAGGGUAGAGAAAAAAUUGCUGAAGCAGUGGUUUAUCCGAACAACAGCUUUUGCCUCGUCCCUUUAUUCAGGACUUGACUCCCCAAUGCUGAAGGAAUGGCGAGACGUCAUAAAGAUCCAGAAGCACUGGAUAGGUCCUCCCACAGGUACCUCUUUAGACUUUCCCCUGAUUUCAAGUGCCUCUGUCUCCAGUGAAACCCCGAGGAUUAUCUCCCUGUGGACAGACAUCCCCGAGCACAUCCACCACGUGAAAUUCAUCGCAGUCUCCAAGGACAAUUUUCUGUCGAAAUCCUCACAAUUGCCAGAUGAAUCUUCUUCAAGCAAGGCUGAGCCCUUCUGGAAGCUUUUGGAUACCAAAGUCGUUAAUCCCUUCACCUCCGAAGAGAUCCCCAUCUUCCUGACGAAUAUAGUAGAGUUCCCCAGGGCUAGGGAUAAUUUUGUGGGAAUACCUGGGGCAUGUCAGGCUUCUAGAGAGUUUGCAACAAUUGUUAAACUUGAUUAUCCUCCAAUUCCGGAGGACUCGGGGGAUCAAGAGAAAAAACGAGAGGAAGUGAUGGCAGAGGCGCGGAAAAUGGGAAUCGGUGGAUACAGCGUCAGCUCCAACCUGAGAGACUGGCUUGUGUCCAGGCAGAGAUAUUGGGGCACACCAAUCCCGAUUAUUCAUUGUAAAAAGUGUGGAGCUGUACCAGUGCCUGAAGAUGACCUCCCAGUGGUGCUCCCAGAAGUUGAUAACGAGAAAUUUGAAUUUCAGAGUCUGAAGGACUCUCCUCUCUGGCUGAACACAGCCUGUCCCACCUGCAAAGGUCCAGCUCAUCGUGAAAGCGACACCAUGGAUACCUUCGUCGACUCAUCCUGGUACUUCCUAAGAUACACCGAUCCCCACAAUCGCCAGGAGAUGUUCUCCAGGGUACAAUUGGACUGCGUCGCUCAUUCUAGGGAGUACGAAAGAGCUCUUGCUGCUCAAAUAAUAAUGCUGGCACCUAUGGCACCUCAAUUUGCGUCUGAAUUGUGGUCUGGCUUCUGCUCUGCUAAAUAUCAUUUGGCUGGAGACGACGAGACCUUGAAUAUCGAUAAAGAUGUCCUCGAACAGCAGUGGCCUGAAAUCGAUCCUGAGUACGAGCUCGACCUCUCAAUAAUCGUGAACGGACAUAGUCUCGAAAAGAUAAAAGUCCGGAGGAAAAUACUGGAUAAUCUGACAGCUGAAGAAGCCGCUAGAUUGGCAUCGGAAUCCCCGCAAUAUCGAGUGUUUGCUGGUGACGCUCCCAUCGACUCCUUCAGAUUUCAUUCAGAGUCAGGCUGCGAUGGAAGAAUAUAUUUUAGUAUUGAUAAAAAAUUCUCCAAAGCAGAGAUCACCGCGUGA